GCUGCAUGAUUCUCUGUCCCAGCCAUUAAUGCAAUGCUUUUCUCUCUCUACAGAUAUAUGUAUAUGCAUGUGGGUGUAUAGGUUUGAAAGAGAGAGUGCAUGUUCAUAUUGAAUGCAGAGAGAGCAUUCAACAAAGCCCAUUAAAUGCUUUCAUCUUCACUUGCUCUCUUCUUCUUGUGUGGUAACUGUGCUGUUUGUCUACAAGAAUUAAUAGAGAAAUUUUGGGAUUUUUGCUCUGUGUGUCUCUUGAUGGGGAGGAAACCAUGUUGUGAUAAGAAGGGGUUGAAGAAGGGGCCUUGGACUCCUGAAGAAGAUGAGAAAUUGGUGGAGUAUAUCAACAAGAAUGGGCAUGGGAGUUGGCGUUCUCUCCCCAAACUUGCAGGACUUCUUCGUUGCGGGAAGAGUUGCAGGCUACGUUGGACCAACUAUCUCAGACCAGACAUCAAAAGAGGUCCCUUUACUGUUGAAGAAGAGAAGCUUGUCAUACAGCUGCAUAGCAUUCUUGGAAAUAGGUGGGCCGCCAUUGCAUCUCAACUCCCCGGUAGGACAGAUAAUGAGAUCAAGAAUUUGUGGAACACACAUCUGAAAAAACAACUGCUUCAGAUGGGCAUUGAUCCCCAGACUCAUAAGCCCUCCUCGACAGCCAAGGGGCCGUUGAAUUGUCUACUUUCGUCUCUUUCCACCUGUCACAUGACACAGUGGGAGAGCGCUAGACUAGAAGCUGAAGUUCGUCUUUCCAGGCAAUCACUGUUGUUGAUUCCACAAUCGGCCGGAAACAAAUCAGAGGCUGAUUUUUUCUUACAAUUGUGGAAUUCCGAUGUUGGAGAAACAUUUCGGAAGCUGGACAAGAGAGAAAAUGCUACUUCUCAAAGUCCCAUCUCGUCUUCAUCUACAAAGUACGAUAAGUUAUCAGGAACUGUUACAGAAAUGGCGCUUCUUGCAGCAGGGAGCAACCUAAACGAUGAUGCAGAGUGCAAGAGUGGCAAGUCGUGUGUUGAAGAUGGGCGGCCAGGAUCAGAUUCCAGCAGCUCAAAUGAAAUGGAGGAUUCAUCUGAAUCUGAGCUACAGCUGCUUUUGAAUUUUCCCAGUAACGAUGACAUGAGCUUGUUAGGACAAACUGAUUGUUACUACAGCUUAUAUCCUGGCAUUUUUACUGAAAGCACCUUCAAUUAAAGCACAUAGCUUCCUUUAGGUCAAUUUUAAUGUGUUCUGAAGUCAAGUGCCUAAAGGUUUUUGGCUGCUUGUUUCGAUGAUCUCUGGAUUUGGAGAAUGCAGGUGGAAACCUUCUCACUGAUGUAUGGCAUUUUUACUGGAGUGUUUGCGAAAAUUUAUGCUUUUGAAUGAUUGA